AUGUUACUGUACUCAGGCUACCUCCAUGUGCUUCAGAGGAAGUGUGGUGAUCCCAAGGUUCUGGCAUUGCCUAGUUAUUUAGUUUACCUCAGAUCAAGUGUAAUUCCAAAGCUGACUGGUGAGUGGAAACAUUUGGAGGAAAUCCUUUCACAGUCAUCAUUUGAUAAAGAUGAGGCAAUUGCAGUUGUUAACUUCCUGCCGAAGAUUAAGAAGUUGAUCUUGACGAAUGCAGAAAUUGGUCGGGAUGAUGUUAUAAAGUUACCGCAGGGAUGUCAGUGA